CGUAGAUAAGAGACUUGAGACUCGAAAAAAAAAAACAGUUGUUCUGUUCACUUAGGACUUAGCUGAAGUAGAAGACCCUUUCCAAAUGGAGCUCUCAUUUCACUCUUUAACGUUCGCAUCCUACUGCAAGACAUUUGGAGAUUCAAGGUCAAAAGUCCAGAGUGCACUAGAUUAUAGAGCCUGCUCCUUGAUUAAUGUAAAACCAAAAGAACAUAGACAAAAAUUAUCCACACGAUCUCCGGCGUUGUCAGAAACGGCUGCUUCAGUAGCUAUUGCUGCAGCAGUUGUGGGCGGUGCAGUAACAUUUCUUGCUAAGAGAACCAAAUCCUCUGAUGCAACUGAGGUUCCUUCGAGACCUUGUGAAGAUUGUGAGGGUUCCGGGAUCUGUUCAGAGUGUAAAGGUGAGGGAUUUGUGUUGAAAAAAAUGUCAGAAGAAAGUGCUGAAAGGGCGAGACUGACUGCAAAGAAUAUGGCCACUCGAUACACAGCAGGACUUCCCAAGAAAUGGAGCUACUGUACAAAAUGUUCCUCCACUCGAUCAUGUACUACCUGUGGUGGCAGUGGAAAGUUAAGCUAGCCCACUAGUUUUGCUCGAACAGCAAUGUUGUUUUUGGACCAAAAUGUUGCUCAGCAAAGGUUACCUUUAAGAAGAUGUAUAUAACUCUCUUUCAGAGAUCAUAUAAAUAAAUAACUUAAUUUCAUCCAUGUACGUAAGCAUCAGUUGGCAAUCUUUCCAAAUCGAGUGGUUCCGGGAGUCGGAGCUAGUAGGAAAUAGUCCUAGAUCUCAGGA